AGGAAGAAUGAGUUAUUACAGCAGCAACUAUCCCAUUGUAAACAUGGACUCCAAAUACCCAGGCUACCCACCAGAGCACGUUAUAGCAGAAAAGAGAAGAGCCAGGAGGCGUCUGCUCCACAAAGACGGCAGCUGUAACGUGUACUUCAAGCACAUCUUUGGAGAAUGGGGCAGCUACGUGGUGGACAUUUUCACCACGCUUGUCGACACCAAGUGGCGCCAUAUGUUUGUGAUCUUUUCUUUAUCUUACGUCCUCUCCUGGCUGAUCUUUGGCUCCAUCUUUUGGCUGAUAGCCUUCCACCAUGGAGAUCUGCUGAGUGACCCAGACAUCACCCCUUGCGUGGCUAACGUCCACUCUUUCACGGGAGCGUUUUUAUUCUCCCUGGAGACCCAAACCACCAUAGGCUACGGGUACCGCUGUGUCACCGAGGAAUGUUCCAUGGCGGUGCUCAUGGUGAUCCUCCAGUCCAUUUUAAGCUGCAUCAUCAAUACCUUCAUCAUUGGAGCCGCCUUGGCCAAAAUGGCAACGGCGCGCAAGAGAGCCCAAACCAUUCGCUUCAGCUACUUUGCACUCAUCGGCAUGAGAGAUGGGAAACUUUGUCUCAUGUGGCGCAUUGGAGAUUUCCGACCCAACCACGUGGUGGAAGGCACCGUCAGAGCCCAACUCCUGCGUUACACAGAAGACAGCGAAGGGCGGAUGACGAUGGCCUUUAAAGACCUGAAGUUAGUCAAUGACCAGAUCAUCCUUGUGACCCCAGUAACAAUUGUCCAUGAAAUCGACCAUGAGAGCCCCCUGUAUGCUCUUGACCGGAAGGCGGUAGCCAAAGAUAACUUUGAGAUCUUGGUGACAUUUAUCUAUACUGGGGAUUCCACCGGGACAUCCCACCAAUCCAGGAGUUCCUACAUCCCUCGGGAAAUUCUCUGGGGCCAUAGAUUUAAUGACGUCUUGGAAGUGAAGAGGAAGUACUACAAGGUGAACUGCUUACAGUUCGAGGGAAGCGUGGAAGUCUACGCUCCCUUCUGCAGUGCCAAACAACUGGAUUGGAAAGACCAGCAGCUGCAUCAUAUUGAAAAAGUCCCGCCAGUCAGAGGAUCUGCGACAUCUGACACCAAGGUCAGAAGGAGGUCCUUUAGUGCGGUGGCCAUUGUCAGCAGCUGUGAGAACCCAGAGGAGACCACCAGCAGUGUCCCCGAUGAGUGUAAGGAUGCCCCUUAUCAGAAAGCUCUUCUGACUUUAAACAGGAUCUCAGUAGAAUCUCAAAUGUAGUU